CUGCUGAUGCAGCACUGCAUGUCUGCCAUAGGAUUGCGGGUGUCAAGUGACAAUAGCAGAUGGCAUUUUAUCACACGUGGAAGGGACAGUCGGACACAGGGGGUGGGAAGGAGAUUGGUAGCUGUGAGAGAGGAGCUGCUGUGUGUGUCAGAGACCUAGCACACAUAGAGACACACAUAGAGAGAGAGAGACAGAAAGAGAGGGGAUUUAUCACCUGAUGAGCAAAUCUCAUGCAUUUCUUAUCAUCUGGGACUGUCUCUCCCCUCUACAGCCCACCAACCCCUUCUCACUGCUCCCCCAGGUCACAAAGGCUCCUUCAACCCAGAAAACCAGUGAGCAGCCAGUGACGCCUCUGAACCUGCAGUGAAAGCCUCUUGCCAGCAUCACUCACACUCACAGAACCACAAACAUAAGGAACACAGCAGGAAAAAUAAUUGUACCAAAGCAAGAGAGUCCCAACCUAUCAAGCCAGGGGCGUUAGAGGCCGUUUUUUUAAGGCCCAGUCUAUACCUGCUCAAGUCAGAUAUUUAUUUUUUAUAUUUGACUUUUUUUUUUACUUUCCAUCCUUGGAUAUCUUUUUUUCUGCAGUGCAUUUUUUUUUACAAAACAGGAACCAUUACGUCCGUCACUGUGCCUCUCCCUCAGUCCUUUGGGACCUCGGGAAUUCCACCAUCAAAGAUGACCCUGCUGGCCUCAGAGCGCUCGAUGCUCAUCAGGAGCAAGUUCCGCUCAGUGCUUCAGCUGAGAAUGCAGCAUCGGCGAUCUCAAGAACAAAUGUCUGAGCGCAACCUGAUCCCAUCCCCAGUGGUCAAUAAAAAACCUGCACCUUUCCCAGAACAAAAUGGAAAUUUGGGACAAAACAAAACUGAAGACUUCAUGAGAAUCAAGGGCCAGAACAAGCUCCACAACAAGCUCCACAAAGUGGCAGCUUCGAAGAUGCAUUUUCCUGAAGAUGCACUAGUUGAGUCUGAUGAACUUAAAGAGAAAAAAGCUCGCUUGGCUGAAGAUCUGAAUGAAAGGAUCCUUCAUCGACCUGGACCUUUAGAACUAGUGAAGAAGAAUAUACUUCCACUAGCUACUGGCAUUAAGGAAGGAAUGAAGGACCAGAUCCAGAGCUCACCAUCCUCCGAUGCAUUCUCAUUUGAGGACGACAUCAGCAGCUCCUCCUCAUCUUCUACUUCUUCAUCACCUCGCUUUGCACCUUCCCCUGGUCUUUCAGUGAACCUCUCCCCAACAUCUACCAACACUGUGUUCCAGCUGGAUCUUCCCCAAAUAAUUGAGGUCAACCAGCCAAAUGUGAGAAAAGUAACGGAGGCUGAGACUUUGGCAACCAGUAGGCCAGCCACCCAUAACCCCAUCCAGACUUCAUCUGUUGUGCCUAAGGUCACGGUUAAGUCUUCUGAUGUGGGAAAGAUCCAAAGGCCAAAAAAGCCAAAAGAUACCAAGCCAAAGGUAAAGAAGUUAAAGUAUCACCAAUACAUUCCACCAGAUCAGAAGGCUGAGAAGGCGCCUGCCGCAAUGGAUGCGGCGUAUUCCCGAUUGCUGCAACAGCAACAGAUCUUCUUGCAACUGCAAAUCCUCAAUCAACAGCAAAACCCAACUUUCUGUGUCCAAACUGUUCACCCCUUAACCACAAGCAUCCCACCAGAUCAAGUGAUUAGUUUUACAGGAGCACCACCACCCAGUGCCCCCGCAAUUAAUCUCUCACCGUCACCAGGUACAGCGGCUGUAACAGCUGCCCCUACUUCAACGGUGUCAUCCCCUCUCAAACCAGAGCUGCUACCGGCAAACAUUGAUGACCUUACAGUAUCAGAACUCCGUCAGCAUUUACGCAAACGAGGGCUUCCAGUCUCAGGCACAAAACCAGCCUUAUUGGAAAGACUAAGGCCCUAUCAAAUCCCCCGUGCAAAGACCAUUCCAGCCCCAAUACAAAGUGCAGGUUUGAUGACACCUAUCAUUGAACUAUCAGCCUUUCCAAAACCUUCAGCAUGUGAAAGCCUUUCUCCCACUCUUUGUACCUUUCGAACGGUGCCAUCUCCGCCCACUGGUGAGGUCCCUCAGGAGCCGUCAGAGACAUCCUGUAGCAUGCCAGAGAGCGCUGAAAUCCCUGCAACUGUACAGGAUAAGGACACACCUAUGCAAGAUAUUGAUGAUGACCACGUUCUUAUGGAAAAGCAGAAGGUAAUUGAGAACUUAACUUGGAAAUUAAAGCAGGAACAAAAGCAGGCCGAUGACCUUAGAGUUGAACUGGAAAUGCACAAGCGUUUAAAAAAUAGACACAAGAAUGAAAAGUUAAUAUCCAGAGUACACAUUAAACAAGAGGUUGAUACAACUUCUCCAACGUCCUGCUGUGCAAAAGCACAGGCUGAAGAGACAAAGUUUUUAUAUGCUAUCAGCAAUGACAGAACACAACUGAAACCACUGGUCCAGGAUCCACAAAUUAAUGCAAAUCUAAAUUACAUGGUUUUCUGCCCCCCUUCUUGUGACUUGAUAGGACAAGAUUUUGAGCUCCCCAUGCAGAUUACAGCAAGCCCAGAAAGCCCAGUUCAGAAGCCACGCUCCUUUGAAGAGGAGUUACAGGAAGCCAUCCAGAAGGCCCAGAUGGCCCUCUGUGAGUCCAUUGAGGACAUACUGGAAGAGGACGAGCAUCUCAUGUGCACUGACGAAUUAAUGCACAUCGAUCCAAUUCCUAACAUGAUGGAGCACCACUGUUCAGCAGCCCUUGCACCUCAACAUGUAAAUUUUUCAAAGCCACUUUACUGCUGCAAUGAUGCACCUCUAGCGGCUUCAGUGAUUGCCUCCUCGGGCAUUCUUGAAUUUCCUGUUUCCGGGCACUAUGACCUUCUCUCUGGUCAGGAUAAUCUUUCUGUUAUAUUUGCUCCUGAUCAGAUUGAGAUACCUUCUUCACCAGAGCAUCAAGAACACGAUUCGUCACCUUCCCCUUCAUCUACAUCUUCAUCCUCUGCUCCCUUUGACCCAGCAGAUUGGCUGGAAGCUUUGACCUCAGGAUCAACUUCCAACUUUGGACCUGGCAGUCCUUUUGGUUCAAGUAUAUUCUCUACUGACAUUUUUGACUCUCCAGAUUUAAGUAUUAACAGAAUGAUUGAUUUAAUGGUGGAGCAGUGGUAACAAACUGAGGACAAAGGAAACACAUCCAAACGUAUCACCCCAAUGAAAUAACCAGCAGGAAAGGAAGAUAAUCUUUCUUUCUGAGAAAAGCUUUUGCUAGCUGGGGAUAAGAAAAAGGUGCAAUAUGCUGCUGAAUCCCAGAACACACCAUAGGUUGGAUUGUGAAGGAGAUGGUCACAGAUGCUGCACUGCCUUGGCUCUGAUACAGAAUAUAGUUUGUUGAGAGUGGAUUCUCUUAAUAAAUGUACUUUCUUAUCAAAGGAAGUAUGUCUUGGAAAAGAAUCUGUGCCAUCAGGAAAAGUGCCUUAUCUCUUCUUGUUAUGCACUAUAUACAAACAAAAUGGAACACAGUGAAGGAUAUCUUUUUAAUUUGGAUUCAUGCAAGAUAAACCUACCCCCUCCUGGUAUAUGGAACCCAGUUGUAUCCAAAGACUUGAAUUCGGUAUGCACGUUUAGCAAACUGUCUAUAAGAUAUAAAUAUGUUGAUUGGACAUUAAAAUCCUUCUUAAAGAUGUUUAUUCAGAUUCUCAAUGUCAUCGUUCCUCUGCCAUCAACACCAUAUUGAUGGUAGUUCACCACACUUGGCUCUAUUGCCCUAUUGGGGGAAUGUAUUAAAAGCCAUAAAUGUAAAUUUGCACAAAUAAGAACAAUUCCCAUUUUCCAUUAGUUAGUGCACUGCAAAUAUUACUUGCUUAUAGUGCAUUUUUAUGAUGUGCGGGAGGGUUCACAAUUUGUUCACAUGAAAAAAUAUUCACAUUACAUAUAAAAAAAUUUAUUACAUUCCCCCAUAUAUGCCUUAGUAACCCCAUAUAUUCUGAAUGGCAAAGGAAGCUGAAAAGAUAUUGUGGUCAAAUUCAGUUAAUUCUGUAUCAGACAUGGCCAGAGCUGUCUUUGGGGGGUGCACAAAGGGGUGAUGCCUCUGUUUCUGGGGCAGUAGAUGGUAUGCCCCAUUUCUUAUAAGGAGCUACAAUUAUAAGAUAGCAUACUGAAUAAGCCAAGAGCUGAAGGUUAUUUGCCCAGCAUGUUAUCUACACUAAGGGCAGCCCUAGCCAUGACUUCAAGGCACUAUUUAUAUGUAAAAUGCAUACCACUGGUGUUAAUAUUGUUAUGCAGAUAUACAAAGCAAACCUUUUUAAAAUACUUGGUGAACCCUGCUUCAAAAUGGGGCAGGUGCACUAUUUAUUGCAGCUAUAUAAUUUAUUUAACGAUGGUUCUAUACCGUGGUUUGGUAAAGACCACUCCCCUGGGUUAUAGAUAGGAUUAUAUCCCUAGACAAAUUCUUUCUGUGAAAUAGUAUGACACUAUAGUUACCAUGCACAUUCCGGCUGCAAACUAGAAAGACAAACAAAACACCUCAAUAUUAAAUGGAUUUUCUUAAUGUCUGCACCUUAAGACUUACUUAUCUUCCAAGCAAGGUCUCAAAGAGAGGAUCUCUUCCUGUUUUGGCAACCGAUGUGCUAAAUCGAAUUUGGCUGAUCCUAUUGUCUGCCGGGGGGACCAUAUCAACAUGGAAUGCAAACUCCCCGAUGGGAUAUUCAUACCUGCCCAUGAGAUAUCUUCCCGAUUUUGGCUAGAUAUCGAUGAAACAAGCUGGAGGCCCCUAUAUACAGGAACAUCAGACAGCUUGGUCUGAGGCUCCGAAGGGCUUAUGGCCACCUUAAGACACAGCUAUUAUUUUUACUGAUGCACUAUAUGAGGCUGAGUUAUUUUUUAUUAAUAAUAAAUCUGGAGUUUAAGGUCUCCAAGUGGAAAAGUGAAAACUCACCACAUAAAGGAAGAGGCCCAGGUGCACCGCCCUGAGCCCUCAGCAGCGGACAAGCCGAAAAAACCUUUUGAGCAGGCUCUCAGUGAAGGCAAACUUCCACCCGGCAGGUGAAUUCAAAGUGAAGAGAGUUUAAUAAACUCUCUUCACUUUGAAUUCAUCUGCCUGGUGGAAGUUUGCCUUCAUUGAGUGCCUGCUCCAAUGGUUUUUUUCCAGUUCUUUUUUUAGCUAGUCCAUAACAUCAUACAUAAAGAUUAUACUUUUAGAACAACAUUUCUAAAAAAAAAAAUGUCUCUGUAAUACAAAAAAUACAUUGAGCUAUGCUACCACAUUCUAACAUUUGGGGAAAAAAUACCAAAUUGGUCAUGUUAAAAAUGAUAGAUGUUUUAUUUGGCAAAGCAAGGGGGAUAUCCAUUUCUGAUAAAUUUGUCCUGAGAAUAUUAUUGUUUGAUUUAACGAAAGCAACUAGAAGUUAAAGAAAAACAGCAAAUCUGAAUAAGGUUAUUGGUGCAGAGAAACCCAUACUGAAUUAUAUGUUACGUCAUAAACACUGAAAAUAAAUGCCACUAUUCAAUUGA